CUGGGUCAGGAGCUGGUUUCGGUGAGCACCACAAUUAGAAGUCAAUACAAUUUAAUAUUAAAGAACUUUUCAGAAAAAUGUCAUAACCCAGGAAGCAGUAACUCAAGACUAGGAUCUGGGUGACCGGAAAUCGUACACCAUGGAUCUUAGUAUCCUUCACAAAAUCGAUGAGGAUCUGGACUCGGAAGAGGUCGCUGCUUUGAAAUUUUUGUGCCUUGAUCACAUCCCAAAAAAGAAGCAGGAGACCAUAAGAGAUGCCAAAGACUUGUUUAUCAGACUGAAGGAGCAGGGAAAGCUGGGGGAUGACGACCAAGACAUUGUCCCCGAGCUCCUCUACACAAUUAGGAGGUUCGACCUGCUGAAAGUGUGGGGAACGUCCAAACAAGAGGUUCAAAACAGACUUGAUACGUCCGGAAAGAUACCUGCGUUCAGGAAAAUGCUCUACAACAUUUCUGAAAAUCUAACUACAGAUGAAGUGAAGGCAAUCAAGUUCUUGUUGACUGAAGAGCUCCGCAGGUCCACAUUGGAAGAUGACGCAACCAUACUGGAUGUUUUUGCGGAAAUGGAGAAGAUGGAGAUUUUAGGAGAAGACGAGCUGAGUAGGUUACAACAUGUCUGCAGUAAAACCAGCAAAGACAUAGCCCAAAAGAUCGAGGACUAUAAACAGAAACAAGCUGCAAGGACCCAGACACCCUAUCCCUUUGACAUGGGCCGAAGUGCAGCUUUAGUUCCUCCUAGCAGUGGUGCCUUUGUAGAACAUCACAACAGACAGCAUCCACAGCACUCACAGCAGUUUGGAGAUCAUACACUUGAUUUACCGGGCCAGCAAUCUUCACAAAACAGUGAAGUCCCCCCAAGACUCAGCCUUGAUGCCGGGCCUGUGUCUGUAACAUCUGUGGACAACAUGAUUGCAGUUUAUAAAAUGACGAGCAAGCCCAGGGGCUAUUGUGUGAUAAUAAACAACAAGGACUUUGAAAGAGCAAGGUUGAAAUUUCCUUCACGACUUUUGAAAGACAGAAAAGGCACAGAUAUCGAUGCUGAGUAUCUGUCAAAGGUCUUCAAGUGGUUGCAUUUUGAAGUAGUGCAGUACAAUGACCAGACGGCAGAGGAAAUCCGUUCCACUAUGGAGAGCUACCGCAAGCGGGACCACAGUAGCAUGGACUGCUUCGUCUGCUGUAUCCUCUCCCAUGGAUUGAAGGGAGCCAUUGAAGGCACAGACGGCGGUUCUGUCUCCAUUCGGGACAUUACCUCCUAUUUUACUGGCAAAAGGUGCCCUUCUCUUACGAAAAAGCCAAAGGUCUUUUUCAUCCAAGCUUGCCAGGGGCAAAAAAUCCAAAUAGCUGUGAAAAUCUAUUCAGACGGUGAAGGUCCUGUUUCACAAGUGGAAAAUGAACCGGAGCCUGAAGCGGAUGCAGGCCCAGUACAGAUGGACACAAUCCCCAACGAUUCAGACUUCCUCCUCGGCAUGGCUACAAUGGAGGAUUACUUAUCCUACAGAAGCAUCUCCAAAGGCUCCUUCUACAUUCAGGCCCUGUGCAGGAAUCUGGAGCUGCUCUGCCCCAGGAACGAAGACAUUCUAAGCAUCCUGACGACAGUGAACAGAGAAGUGAGCAGGGAAAACUUUAUGAACAGCAAGCAGAUGCCAGAGCCAAGAUAUACCCUGACAAAAAAACUCCUCUUCCCUACGUCUUGAGUGUGAAAACAAAGCUGAAAAGAAGCAAAUGUCUGUGCUGCCGCUUAGCAGUAAAUGUACAAAAAAAAGGAGCUGUAAUAAUGUGAGGAACAGCUGUGUGUGUGUGUGUGUGUGUGUUUCCUGGUACAGUAUCAUAGCAUGGUGUGUUUUGAAAAAUGUGCAAAGGUGUAUUUUCUGAGAGGGAUAAAAAAAACAUUUUAACUGUAUAAAACUUGCAAGAAAUAACUUAGUAGCAGUUAAAUUACUGUUGUAACCAGUUUCUUUACAAUCUUCAACUGUACAAAGCAAUAUCCUAUUCCUUUCUGCUAAUUUGGUUUAAUAAAACUGACUUUAGUCAUUGGAUUUAGAGCAUCUGUCACAAAGCACAUGGUUACCUGUCAGAAUUGUAUUUCAUCAUAUUAAUGUCAGAUUUUGUACUAGACUCUUCAAUAAGAUGAUUUUUUUUUUUUAAAUACACAUUUUAAUAAACUAUUUAACAGAAAAA